CUCUCCUGUAAGAAAGUGUUCUCGGAGGAUUGCUUGUUUUUGUGUCACAGUGUAAUAAUACAAGCUGAAGGACGACUUUACAGAUCAAACGGUCCUUCUCGCCAUGUCCAACCAACCCAUCGAAAACCACCACGAAAGGGCCUAUAUGUCCCUGAUGAGAGGCUUCAGGGAGCUGGACCUCCGUGGCCCCUGUGUCCCCAGUGACCUGGUGCUGACUGGAGACCAUGCCUUUCCUUUAGCAAUGAACAGCCGAGGUCAGGUCCUGAUGGCAGCCUCUUUGUACGGCCGUGGGAGGAUUGUGGUCCUGGGUCACAAGGGCUACCUGACCACCUUUCCUGCUCUGGUAGAGAACGCUCUGACCUGGCUGAGAGGAGAUGGAUCUGACAACGUCUCUGUGGGGGUCCACAAACACGUCGAGAAAGCCGCUGAUAAUCUCAGCAAAUCCAGCUUCCAAGUCGCAGUCGUCGGGGCCUUCAGUGACAAUCGGGCGGUCGGCGUGUACGUGACGGACGCCUACAGCGUCGGUGCAGACGUGAAGGACCUGGUGGCUUUUCUGAAAGCCGGAGGAGGAGUGCUGAUAGCGGGGCAGGCGUGGAGCUGGGCUGCAAACCACCCUAAGGAGAACACGCUGCUUCAGUUUGAAGGGAAUAAGGUUUGCGGCGUGGCAGGAAUCUACUUCUCUGACCACAAGGGUGAGGCAGAGUGCCUGCCUGUCUAUCCACAUAUCCCAUCCUCCUGGAUGGCCGUAGUAACCGGUAAGCAUUUGGAGGACGACUUAGAGUUCUUACUCCAGGGGGUGCCAGAGUUUGACCUCCUUAAUGGAGUGGUAGCUUCUGAGGUCCUGGUCCACGGCCCACUAGCCUUUCCUAUUGGUACCACCGCGGAUGGAAGAGCGUUCUUGGCUGGAGCCUACUAUGGGCAGGGACGGGUUGUUGUGAUCACACACGAAGGACUUCUGAGACGAGAGACACUGGCUCCAUUUUGGAACAAUGCCCUUCAUUGGUUGGACGAAGGCCGCGAUGGGGUCGUCGGGGUAGUUCCAGACCUCAACGAAGCCUUUAACCUCUUCAGCAAGUCCAAGUUUAAUUGUGAGAAGACCAACUUCAGGGAAGACCUGAGUGUAUUUGUGUGUACAGCGUACAGCGAACAACAUGUGGAGGAAAUCCAAGACUUUGUGGCAGAGGGAGGAGGCCUGCUGAUUGGUGGACACGCCUGGUACUGGGCACAGACUCACCAGGAGAAAAACCCAAUGACAGACUUCUCAGGAAACAAGAUCCUGAACAAAAUGGGUUUGAGCCUGCUGGAGAAGAUAAUCGGGGAAGGUUCCUACAAGGCCCCUGUGCCCAGCCAGGCCAUCAAAGACACUUACCACUUCCGCCACCUUUUACACCGCUUCGCUGGUCAUGUCACCGAGGGGGAGGAACUUACAGUGCACGAGGAAGAAUUCCUUAUAAAACUGGGAAAGGACUGUACAAACUUCUUGCACCUCGAGGCUCAUGACUGCUCCUCCUACACUCAGGUGGUGUCCACACUCACUGACAUCCUGAAGAAGUCGGGUAUGCCACAGGUGUGCGACAUCUGUCCUGUGAAGAGUCCCAGAGACCACCUGCUCCUCAGUGCGGGGACAGAGGUGUAUAAGGUCUGCCCAGAUCGGGAUGCCCUCCUGCCCUACCUCAUCAAGCACAACCCCUUGAUGCAAGUCGUCUACAACCACAGAAUCAAGAUCGAUGUCAACACAGCAGGAAGGGAGGAGUGGAUCAGUACAGGUCUGUACCUCUCUCCUGGUAUGAAGACCUACAUGGCCACACCAGCAGAGAUUGUCAACAGGGGAUGGAAGAUCCAGAUCGGUUGUCAAACAGACAGACUGGAUGCUAAAGAGUUGAAGAGAGCGCCGUGUGUUCACGAGAGAUUUCCUGUCACCUCAGAGAUGAUGCAGGUGUGGAACCUGUGGGGGGGACUCAUCUACCUGGUGGCUCCACCCAACACGAAUGUGGAGGGGGCAGAGGUCAAAGUGCAGAUGGCUGUACCUGCACCAUACUAUAAAUCUGGCGUGACUACAGCAGCUGAUUGGUUGUUGCUGCGCACAGCUCCCUCCCCCUGGGCGGAGCUGGAGUUCGACAACAUCAUCCUCACCGUCCCAUCGGACGUCGUCUGGAGCCUGGAUCGCCCCGACGAGCUGGCGGCCCUUUGGGACGAGAUGAUGAAAGGCAUCGCGGACCUGGCUGCCAUACCGCACACAUUUCCUCGCAAAGAACGCUUUGUAACGCAUCCCAGUGACCACACGUGUCACCUGCUCCAUCCAGGCUGGAUGCACGCCGGUUAUCCCAUCAUGACACACCAGUCCACGGCAGCUGAGCUGGUCAACGUUCACCAUGUUAGGAGCAAAGGCCUGUGGGGGCCCAUCCACGAACUGGGACACAACCAACAGAGAGGCUGCUGGGAGUUCCCACCAAACACCACGGAGUGCACGUGCAACCUGUGGUCGGUGUAUGUGCACGAGGAGGUGCUGGGGAUCGACAGGGCGAAGGCGGACUCGAUACUGAGCCCGACAAGAAGGAAGUCUCAAGCAGAAGAGUAUGUGAGGGGGGGCAGGAAGCUCAGCAGCUGGGAUGUGUUUGUGGCUCUGGAGACGUACUUGCAGCUCCAGGAACAGUUUGGCUGGGACGCCUUUAAGAAGGUGUUUGCCGCCUACCACGAGAUGAGCGACUUUCCCAAGGACAACGAGGGAAAGAUGAACCUGUACGCUGUGACUUUCUCCCAGACUGUGGGGAGGAACCUGUGUGCCUUCUUCGAGGCCUGGGGCUGGCCCAUAGAAACAGCCACUGAGGGGAAACUCUCCGACCUGCCUCCCUGGAGCGACCACCCCAUGGUCCAGUACGACUGAACCUCUGCUGAUUGAAAAUGCAGAUAUAUGAGGACCACAUUCAUGACAUUGACUAUUUAGUGGGUGAUUUAUUUAACUGACUUUUCUGUUCUGCACUGGUAGGCUACCAAUAAACAUUCACUCCACCCUUCAAGCGCCCUGCUGUUGUUGUCAAACAGCUCCCCUAGUGGUGGAUGUUAGAACUGCCGAAGGAUAGAAAGAAAAGGGAAAGAGAAUUACAGAUACUGGCGUUGCAGAACAUUGUCAAAGAAAUAAAUUGACUAUGUGUGUUCCCGGUGGGAUGCACAAUGAGAUGCACAGUUUGAUAAGAGAGAGA